AGAGAAGCUGAGGGACAUAUGUUCUAAGCACACAGUUAAUGCGGCUGUAGUGCCAUGGACUAGGAGCUGUGUAGGCCAAAAAUUACUCACAGUGUGUUGUCUCCUCCGGCGAGGGGAACUGUACGCCGGCUUCAACUCCUAUAAACACGGGCCAUGUGAAUGUUGGCGUUUCAUAAGCGAUGUGUUCGUCUCAUGGGAACAGCCUUCUACUUUGGUUCAAUAAAACAAGCUUCAAGGAACUCAACUGAACAACAAUUUGCAACUUUAAAGUGUUACCAUUUGCAAGGUGUCUGGAAGUCUCCACUUAUUAUAGUGACUAGAAAUAUGGCAACAGUUCGCCAUUUGAAUCAAGAAGAAGCAAUUAAUGUGGACCAAGAACUCUUUAAUGAAUAUCAGUUCAGUGUUGACCAACUGAUGGAAUUGGCAGGCCUCAGUUGUGCUCAUGCUAUUGCUCAGACUUACAAUCCUGAUUCAACAAAAUCUGUCCUGGUGUGCUGUGGACCAGGGAACAAUGGUGGCGAUGGUCUGGUAUGCUCUAGACAUCUCAAGUUGUUGGGUUUUUCUCCAGUAAUCCUCUACCCUAAACCAACUGAUAAGCCAUUGUUCAGAAGUUUGGUAAAACAGUGUCAGAUGUAUGGCUUGUCAUUCAUUGAUGAGAUGCCUGAUCUAGAAACUCUAAAUAGAAAAUAUAAUUUAGCAGUGGAUGCUCUGUUUGGGUUUAGCUUCAAGCCUCCAGUACGACCUCUGUUUGCUCCCAUCUUGAAGCUUCUCGCACAAUGUUCAGUGCCUGUGGUGAGCAUUGAUAUUCCUUCAGGAUGGCACGUAGAAGAUGGACCUUCAACAAGUUCUGAUGCCCUGACACCCGACAUGCUCAUCUCUCUUACUGCCCCAAAACAGUGUGCAAAACACUUUAAUGGUCGGUUUCAUAUCUUGGGUGGAAGAUUUGUACCACCACAACUAAGUGAGAAGUAUCAACUGAACCUUCCUGAAUACCCUGGCACCAGUCAAACUGUGGUAUUGGCAUCCAAGACAUAGAAACUAUUGCCCAGUUAUAUUGUUGAUACAAGGGUUUCCUCUUUCUAGAAAAUGGUUGGCAACAGUUUAUGGGCAUCAGUCCACCCAAUAUGAGCUAUUAAAAUAAUCUACUAUAACUAAGUAAUCUACUGUACUACUAUAAAAAUAAUGGAAGCCACUAAACAUAAAUGUUAUGUUGCUUGCAAUUAAUAAGAUAUAAUUUAUUUGAAUAUUCUUUUAACUCCUGAAGGAUUAAUAUCUAUACAUUUAUAUACAAUAAUGUAUAUUACAACCUUUUCAAGUGUUAAAAGCCAUGUUUAUUCAUUAAAUAUUUAUACACAUUAA